AUGAGGCUGUUUGUAAUGGGCCACAGGGGACCGCUGCGGUUGUCUGACAUUUGCAAGCUGUAUAAUGAGUCUGUCCUCACCCUAUGCUCUGUGUUUGAGCACGAGUGGGAAAAACAACAGAAUUACAACGAGAGGUCGGACCUAGAAGAGGAUUCUGGACGAGAGUCACUGCUGGUCUCCAGUAAAACCAAUACUGGUCCUCUGACUCUCAGGUGGGUUAUCCUGUUCUGUGAGAGGCAGGCUGUGUUCAACUGGGCAGGAUACACACAUUCUCUGCAGGUGUUUGGAGCAGUUUGCUGCUGUGCGGUUUCUCAGCAUCAAUUUGAGAAACAUAGUCGUAUAAUAACUGCCAAUGCACAAACGGUUCUGGCUGGUGCCCUCUACAGGAAUAGAACUCAGCUGAUCAUCAGGGAAGGGAGCGAACAGCUCAUCAAAGAAAUGUUGCAUAAAUACCAGGUCUUUUGUAUUCCUAAUCCUCACACAUAA